CUCAGAAAGAACCCACCAUGGUGCUGUCUUCUGCUGACAAGACCAACGUCAAGGCCCUCUGGGGCAAAGCUGGUGACCAUGUCACCGAUUAUGGCGCGGAGGCCCUGGAGAGGAUGUUCAUGUCCUUUCCCACCACCAAGACCUACUUCCCCCACUUCGACCUGAGCCACGACUCCAAACAGGUCAAGGAGCAUGGCAAGAAGGUGGCCAAUGCGCUGACCAAUGCCGUGGCUCACGUGGACGACCUGCCCGGUGCUCUGUCUGCUCUGAGCGACCUGCACGCGCAGAAGCUGCGGGUGGACCCCGUCAACUUCAAGCUCCUGAACCACUGCCUGGUGGUGACCCUGGCCAGACACCAUCCUGAAGCAUUCACCCCUGAAGUCCACGCCUCCGUGGACAAGUUCCUGGCCUCUGUGAGCACCGUGCUGACCUCCAAAUACCGUUAGGCUGGAGCCUCAGCGACCCCCACCCCCAACCUGCUUGGCCUCCGUGCCAGACCAUCCUCCCUCCAGGCACC